GGACUAAAUGUGAUGACAUACAACUCGUAGGACCAAACGUGAAAUUAAUUCGUGAAUAUAUUACAAAAGCCGUUCUUAUUCGCACGACAUAUAAUUAAAAGCUACUUAUCAUUUUUUUUUUGAACCGAGCUACUUAAUCAUUUGUAAAUCCAAGUAAUUUCAAUCAAAUCCCCGAGAUUACAAAUGCUUGACUUAUACGGAGUAAUGAUUGGAUCUAAAUCACACAUACCCCCCAUUGACUCGAAUAGUCUGGCCAUUGACCCACUCACCGCCGUCUCCGGCCAAAAACGCCACUACCGGUGCUAUGUCCUCCGCCUGCCCCAGCCUGCCGAAGGGGCUCUCGUCCACCGCCUUCUGUAUCACCUCCUCCGAUUUCCCCUCGAAGAACAUAUCCGUCGCCACCGGCCCCGGCGCCACGCAAUUCGCAGUUAUCCCCGUCCCCUUCAGCUCUUUCCCCAGAAUCUUCACCAUGGCCUCCACCGCCGCUUUCGACGCUGCGUACGCUCCGAAUCCGGGUCUCAGCGCCACCGCCAUCGAGGAAGUGAGGCAGAUGAUUCUCCCGCCGCCGCCGCGCUGGAUCCUGGCGGCGGCUUCCUUGCAACAGAUGAACGCGCCGCGCGUGUUGACGCUGAAGGUCCUAUCGAAAUCUUCGAUCGCCGUGUCGAGGACGGAUGGGUACUUGGUGUCCAGCACGCCGGCGGAAUUGACCAGGAUGUGGACCUUCGAAUUGAACUCCGUCUCGGCCACGUCGAAUAGGGUUUUCACUUGGGCCGGGUCGGAUACGUCGGCCUUGACGGCGACGGCCCGCUUUGGUCCGCCGGAAUUGAUUUGGGAGACGACGAGGUCCGCGUGAUCUGAACUGGCGGCGUAAUUGACGACGACCUUCGCGCCGAGAGAAGCAAGGUGGAGGGCAAUGGCCUUGCCGAUUCCUCGCGACGAGCCGGUGACGAUCGCCACUCGGCCGUUGAGCGGACUUGCGGCCUCCGGGACACUUUUCGCGGCCAUUUGAUCGGCGGGUGUUCUGGUUAAAUAAUUAGUGAUAAUCUAAUCGCACCCUAAUUUAUAGACUGUAAAAGAUGUUUGUGUCGGAGUCGAAGUGGCGAGCCCGGUAACUCGCGUGUAAAUUGUACUAGUAUUUGAUUAAUGGCACUCUCGCCUUUUGCGUGAGAAGUUUGAUUUCAACUCAAAUUUAGUCAUUUGAUAGUCUUGGAGUUGAAGAUCCUGCUCAAAUUUUGAUUGAAA